GUGCAUCUAUAACAGCGAGCUGUCUGCGCCGGACUGUGCUGGGGGUGAGACCGGCUCUCCUCUGUCCUCUCACUCGCACGGCGGACCAGACCUGGACACACCAGACGGGACCGGAUUGGUAAAAGACUUGCCAAAACAGGCUGCUGGACGGGGCUGCAGACUCCCUGUGUCUGAAUGAAGGCCUGAAGAGGAGACCGCAGAGAAGCGUGAUGGCGGGGCGGGGGAACCCUGCCCAUCUCCCUCUUCUCCUCGUCUUUCUCUUCACGGUGGGAAUCCUCCCGGAGGCCCAGAGCUCUGGCUACCUGUCAGGACAUCGCCUCAGGUCUCGUCUACAGAGGGACCGCCAUGUCCGCAACAUCCGACCCAACAUCAUCCUCAUUCUCACGGAUGCAGACAUAGAAUUGGGCUCCAUGCUGGCCAUGAACAAAACCAGACGCGUCAUGGAGAAAGGCGGCACCCAUUUCUCCAACGCUUUCUCCACUACGCCGAUGUGCUGCCCGUCCCGUUCCUCCAUCCUGACGGGGAAGUACGUGCACAACCACCACACCUACACCAACAACGAGAACUGCUCGUCUCCCUCGUGGCAGGCACACCACGAGCCCCACACCUUCGCCGUGCACCUCAACAACAGCGGCUACAGGACAGCCUUCUUUGGGAAGUACCUGAACGAGUACAACGGCUCCUACGUUCCCCCUGGGUGGAAGGAGUGGGUCGCGCUGGUGAAAAACUCCCGCUUCUACAACUACACCCUGUGCAGGAACGGAGUGCGGGAGAAGCACGGCAGUCACUACUCAAAGGACUACCUGACAGACAUCAUCACCAACGACAGCAUCAACUACUUCCGGACGUCCAAGCAGAUGUAUCCUCACCGUCCCGUCAUGAUGGUGCUCAGCCACGUGGCCCCACAUGGUCCGGAGGACUCGGCCCCCCAGUACAGCGCUGCCUUCCCCAACGCCUCGCAGCACAUAACCCCCAGCUACAACUACGCCCCCAACCUAGACAAGCACUGGAUCCUCCGCUACACCGGACCCAUGAGGCCCGUCCACAUGCAGUUCACUAACAUGCUGCAGCGCAGGAGGAUGCAGACGCUGCUGUCUGUGGACGACAGCGUGGACAAGGUGUACAACAUGCUGCUGGAGACGGGGGAACUGGACAACACCUACCUCAUCUACACGUCAGACCACGGCUAUCACAUCGGUCAAUUUGGUCUCGUGAAGGGCAAGUCGAUGCCUUACGAGUUUGAUAUCCGCAUACCGUUCUAUGUGCGAGGACCCAACGUGGAGCAAGGUGCCAUCAAUCCUCACAUUGUGCUGAACGUUGACUUGGCCCCGACUCUCCUGGACAUGGCUGGUGUCGACAUCCCUGCAGAGAUGGACGGGAAGUCCAUCCUCAAGCUCAUGGCCACAGAUCGGCCCGUCAACAGGUUUCAACUGAGCAGAAAAGGUAAAACGUGGAGAGAUUCGUUCCUGGUGGAGAGAGGGAAGCCUCCGCAUAAGAGAGGCGAUGGGAAGGAAGUGGCCCAAGAGGAGAACUUCUUACCGAAAUACCAGAGGAUGAUGGACUUGUGCCAGAGAGCGGAGUACCAGACCUCCUGCCAGCAGCCUGGACAGAAGUGGCAGUGCGUGGAGGACCCGGCUGGAAAGCUGAGGCUGUUCAAGUGCAAGGGCAUGGCCAGCCUCUUCGCUCCCCGUAUGCAGGCCCUGAUGGCCAGCAGCGCCUCCCAGCUGUCCCUGAAGAGCAGCCCUGACGGCUGCACCUGCAGCCCCGUGGGCCUGGAAACCUCCGCCCUCAAGAGGAAGAAGCUGCUCAACAAACACAAGAUGAAAGCCAGUAAGAGUGCGACCAGGAAGCGCUGGGCCCGCUCUGCAUCCUUUGAGCUGGACGGAGACCUGUACGCCGUGGACCUGGAGAAGGGGUACCGGGCCCUGGGCCCCCGGAACAGCAGCUGGACCGGAGGGGGGAGAGCAGCCUGGGCCGAGGACGACGGGGAGGAGUUCAGUGGGAUGGGACGCACCGCCAAACCCACCGGCACCAGCCGGCCCACGGCUCCGGCUUCUCUGAAAGUCACAUACAGGUGCUCCAUCCUCCUGAACGACACUGUUACCUGUGACGGGGGUCUCUACAAGUCCCUUCAGGCCUGGAAGGACCACAAGCUGCACAUUGAGCAUGAGAUUGAAACUUUGCAAACCAAGAUUAAAAACCUGCGGGAGGUGAAAGGCCACCUGAAGAAGGUGCGGCCAGAGGAAUGUCAGUGUGACCCUUCCAGUGAUCUGCUCAAGAACAACGACAACUACAAGCUCAGCGCCAGACAGAUGAACUCACUCAGGAUGCCGCUGAAGCAGAAGAAUCAGUGGCUGCAGAAGGAGCAGAAACACCGCAAAAAACUGCGUAAAUUCCUGAAAAGGCUGCAGAACAACGACACGUGCAGCAUGCCGGGCCUGACCUGCUUCACCCACGACAACCACCACUGGCAGACCGCCCCCUUCUGGACAAUGGGUCCCUUCUGUGCAUGCACCAGUGCCAACAACAACACGUACUGGUGCCUGAGGACCAUCAAUGACACACACAACUUCCUGUUCUGCGAGUUUGCCACGGGCUUCAUGGAGUAUUUUGACCUCAACACUGACCCCUACCAGCUGAUAAACGCCGCCAGCACGCUGGACCGCGCCGCUGUGAAUGCGAUGCAUCAGCAGCUCAUGGGCCUACGGGGCUGCAAGGGCCACAAGCAGUGCAACCCCGAGAAGGGAGGAAAGGAGCGAAACCACUUCAGUGAAUACAGGCCAGUUCAUCGUCGAAAGAGGCCAAAAAUGAAGAAGCCCUCCUCCAAAUCGCUGGGGCAGAUUUGGGAAGGGUGGGUCGGCUAGUCUCCCGAAUCCCAACAACCAACCGUACUGACCUCUUCCAGCAGAGGAAGGAAAAAGAGAAGGACCCCCAACACUCUUCGAUGGACCAUCCUUUGAGAUACUGUUCUUUUUUUAAUCUGGGAAGCUAGAAGACUCUUGGGUUACCUACUUUCGAGCACAUCUCAUAGCCGUUUCCAUGUGUGACCCCCUCAGCUCCCAGGAUUACCAACCCCAGGAUGCUGUAAAUGAGCAGGACACAUUGGUGUCCACAAGCCAUUCACCUUAGCAGCAAUGCUUGUAGAUAACACACAGUACAUCACUUUCAUCCACCUCCGCGUCCAAUGGGACGGGGGGGCGGCGGGACGAUGGGGGGCCUGUCAGCUCUGCUGUUACACAGUCACGUCACAACCUCGUGGUGCGUCCGUAGCCCACACUGACAACCUUAAGACUCUCUACACCAAUGCAUCCGGGCAUGGAAGUGAUAAAGACAUUACAAGGACCUCGGCCUCGGAGCUCCCACCCUCACCUUUUGUACGAUAGAUGAUCCUAGCUCAGCUGAAUGUGUCUUCAUGCUCGCGGCUGUGACGCGUGAGGUGAUGGGCGCUCGCCUGCUGUGAUUCAGCCCCCCCUGCGCAGACUUUGUGCAGCUCUGUUCAUACAUCUCGACCAGUGUCUAACAAUCCUGCAGUCCUCCGGGACAUUCGUGAAAACAUUUAACUCCUUUGUAUCGUCAGUACCACACUAGAUGUUUCCAGAUAGUCUGUUCAGCUUGCUAUACAUGGUGCUACAGGACAACAGCACAGGAGUAAAAUCUUGCUGUACAGUAUGUAUUUGAAUGUAUGUCGUGCAAUUAAUAAAAAUGUUUACAAUAUUUUUUAUAAUACUGAAGACCUCAUUGUUCCAUAUGGGUCAGCAAAAUAAACUUAAAUGAGGAAAUGCACAUCGAGACAUCCCAUUUCCAACCAUUGUUAUGUUUGUUACUUCCUGAUUUACAUGAGAAAAGCACUUAAAAGGUUCACUGUGACAAGAUGCGCCAUGUACAUGGAAAAAUACGUCGUCUAUUCUGUACCAGAGGAAAACACAACAGACUUGUUGAUGUGAACUUCAGCUACCUGACUUUGUUAGCUUUUUUUCUUUGCAAAUAUUUUCAUAGACUUACAGUGCUGAUAGUGAUUGUGAAUAAAGUGUUG